AUGACCUGUGAGCGUUCCCAGCAGCCCUGCAGCCAUGCUGGGAUGGUGCGCAAGGUCACCAUCUGCAGCAGACACAGCCAGACAGAGACACCCCACGAGCACCGCAUGAGCCCCACUGUAAAUCCCCGACCACAGCUGCUGGCCCAGGAGUCACUCCACGAGCACCGCCCCUGCUCUCACGCCUGCUGCCACAGCCCCAUUGGUGCAGCGGUGGCAACACUGACCACACCAGAGGGCCACCACAUGGACUACAGGCACCUUAUGCCCCCAUCAUGCCCUCCCGGCCCUCACCAUCCCAAUGGGUCCCAGGAUUCCCUCCUGGCCCCCAGCAUCCUGUCCAGGCCCCCAUCACCCCCCGGGCCUCCAGUAUCCCCUCCAGGUCAUUACUCCCUGGGCUCCCAGCAUCCCAUCCAGGACUCCAUCACCCCCUGGGCUCCCAGCAUCCCCUCCAGGCCAUUACCCCCUGGGCCCCCAGCAUCCCAUCCAGGAUUCCAUCACCCCCUGGACCCCCAGCAUCCUGUCCAGGCCUCCAUCACCCCCUGGGCUCCUAGCAUCCCAUCCAGGCCUCCAUCACCCCCUGGGCCCCCAGCAUCCCAUCUGGGCCUCCAUCAUCCCCUGGGCCUGAUCAACCCCCGGGCUCCCAGUAUCCCAUCCAGGCCUCCAUCACCCCCUGGGCCCGAUCAACCCCUGGGCUCCCAGUAUCCCAUCCAGGCCUCCAUUACCCCCUGGGCCCCCAGCAUCCCAUCCAGGCCUCCAUCACCCCUUGGGCCUCCAGCAUCCCGUCUAGGUCCUCACUCUCUGGGCCCCCAGCAUCCCAUCCAGGUCCCCAUCACCCCCUGGGCCCCAGCAUCCCGUCCAGGCCCCCAUCACCCCCUGGGCCCAGCAUCCCGUCCAGGCCCCCAUCACCCCCUGGGCCCCCAGCAUCCCAUCCAGGCCUCCAUCACCCCUUGGGCCUCCAGCAUCCCGUCCAGGUCCCCAUCACCCCCUGGGCCCCAGCAUCCUGUCCAGGCCCCCAUCACCCCCUGGGCCCCCAGCAUCCCAUCCAGGCCUCCAUCACCCCUUGGGCCUCCAGCAUCCCGUCCAGGUCCUCACCGUCUGGGCCCCCAGCAUCUCACCCAGGUUCCCAUCACCCCCUGGGCCUCACAUCCCCUCCAGGCCAUUAGCCUCCUGGGCCCCAGCAUUCUAUCCAGGUCCCCAUCACCCCCUGAGCCCCAGCAUCCCCUCCAGGCCAUUAGCCUCCUGGGCCCCAGCAUUCUAUCCAGGUCCCCAUCACCCCCUGAGCCCCAGCAUCCCCUCCAGGUCCCCAGCAUCCCACCCAGGUCCCCAUCACCCCCUGGGCCCCAGCAUCCCACCCAGGUCCCCAUCACCCCCUGGGCCCUACAUCUCCUCCAGGCCGUUACCUCCUGGGCCCCCAACAACCUAUCCAGGUCCCCAUCACCCCCUGAGCCCCAGCAUCCCCUACAGGCCCCCAUCACCCUUGGACCCCGCAUUCUCACCAGGCCAUUACCUCCUGGGCCCCCAGCAACCUAUCCAGGUCCCCAUCACCCCCUGAGCCCCCAGCAUCUCCUCCAGGCCAUUACCCCCCUGGGCCCCCAGCAUCCCCUCCAGGCCAUCACCCCCUGGGCCCCACAUCCCCUCCAGGCCAUUAUCUCCUGGGCCCCCAACAACCUAUCCAGGUUCCCAUCACCCCCUGAACCCCAGCAUCCCCUACAGGUCCCCAUCACCCCCUGA